UCUGGUAUAAGCAUCAGAUCGUCCACAACAUCCUCCACACCAUCUACAUCGACGAGAGCAGCCACAAGCAGUUUCCAGGCUAUGCCAUUUGUCGCACGUAUCUCUGCGUAUCUGAUUGACAAAAUUGACCCGGAGCUGCAUAUUCAAGUGACUAAUGAGAUGACUAGAGUUGCGCUGACGGCGAACUCUAUGGACGAUCUCAUGGGGUAUGUUAUACAAUAUUUAGACGGUGCUAUUCCUUGUAGCGCGUAUGGUGGUGUCAUACGGAUCAUUAGCUCGAUUGGCGAUAAUUCCGGCGCUAGACAGAGUAGUGCUCAGAGUGGAGAUAUUGGAGGGAGCAGCACCCGUUCUCGUAAUCGGGAUAGAGAUACCCCCGCCGACGACGAUGGAUGAGGUUUUUUUAUUUUUAAUGCAAUAAACAGUUUUAUUUGUUAUAACACUACAUUUAUUCAUGUCGUGUAUCAUAUCUUAGUCACUGGCAUUGUUGGUAUAUAUGUUGUUGGAUGUGUUUUAGACGGAACUGAUUGAUGUAUAUUUUGAAGUGGAUGGUUGGAUUUGUACAAUGUGUUGGAUUUGGUUAUAUAGAUGUUUUUGAAUGGAAUUGUUAUGAAUUUUGAUUAUGAUUGGAUGGUUGAAUGUGGCGUGUACAGUAUUUUCUGGAUUUAUUAAUGUAAUUGUACAGGGAAAUACAAAUUUUUAUUACUUUUUUUUCCUGAAAAAAGGCAAUCUAGACGGAAUUCC